GGCCUCCUUCCAGGGGAACUUCGACCUCUCUCCUUGCAAGCAAACUUUGGAAUUUGUUCUGCCUGUAAACAACGGGCUAAGCGCAGAGUUCGGAAGCCUUUCUGGACGUGUGCGGCAAGAGGCCGUUAACUGAAGCCUGCCAUGCGUGUAGCUGUGAUUGGGGCCGGAGUGAUCGGACUGUCCGCAGCCACCUGCAUCUAUGACCAGUUCCACUUAACAGUUCCAGCACUGGAGAUUGAGGUGUAUGCUGACCGAUUUACUCCUCACACCACCAGUGAUGGGGCGGCUGGACUCUGGCAGCCAUACCUUCACGACAAGGGAAACGCCCAGGAAAGGUUCUGGAACAAAGAGACUUUUGAUUACAUGUUGGAGCACCUCAAUUCCCCAGAAGCUCAAGAAAUGGGCCUUUUUCUGCUCUCUGGAUACAAUCUCCUCACCCAGCCAGUUCCAGAUCCACCAUGGAAAGAUACCGUCUUGGGAUUUAGGAACUUAACCCAGAGAGAGCUGGAGCUCUUCCCUGGUUACAGUUGUGGCUGGUUUAACACAGCUCCAAUGCUGGAGGGUCGGACCUACUUACCCUGGCUUACAAACAGGUUAAAGAUGCGAGGAGUCAAGUUCUUCCAUCGGAAAAUCAACUCUUUCCAGGAGUUGAUGGCUCAAGGUGUGGAUGUCAUCAUCAACUGUACUGGGGUUCGUGCCGGGCAGCUGCAGCCAGACCCUGAUUUGCACCCAGGUCGGGGGCAAGUCAUAAAGGUCGAGGCUCCUUGGGUGAAGCAUUUCAUCAUAACUCAUGAUAUUAAGGCUGGCGUCUACAACACACCUUACAUCGUACCUGGGAGCAAGCUGAUGACUUUGGGAGGGACUUUCCAGGUGGGAAACUGGAAUGAAGAGAGCAACUCCCAAGACCACCGAAAAAUUUGGCAAGGCUGCUGCCAGCUGCUGCCAAGUAUCCAGAAGGCCAAGAUUGUUGAUGAAUGGACCGGCCUCCGCCCAGCCCGGUCUAAAGUUCGGCUACAGCGUGAAGUUAUACACCACGGAAAUUUACAGGCAGAGGUGAUCCAUAACUACGGCCACGGGGGCUUUGGGAUCACCAUGCAUUGGGGUUGCGCGAAGGAGACAGCCAGACUGUUUGGGGAGAUUCUCAAAGACCAGAAACUGUCCAAACCACCCCGUGCCAACCUCUGACUGCCUGGGUAACAAUUUAGCCACUCUGCAUUUUAAAAAAAAUCUUACAUGGAAGAUCAGAUUUUGUAGAAUUGAGGAGUCCAGUUCUUCUUCUGGCCAGCCAGCGUGGAGUGGUGGUUAAGAGCAGGUGGAUGCUAAUCUGGAGAACCAGGUUAGACUCCCCACUCUUUCACAUGAAGCCUGCUGGGUGACCUUGGGGUAAUCAU